AUCUAUAGAAUUUCGCUAAAUUGAAAGGGUUUUUUAAAAAGUCCCGUUUCAAUUAAUAACUCUGUUUAUGUCUGCAAGGCUCUCUUUUCCCGCGGUUUCUUGUAUGAAGUUAACAUAACACGAUUUUUUCUGCUCUUCGUUUCGAUUUCAAACCCUCCUUUACUUUUAUCUCCAACAACAAACGUUUUUAUGUUGUUUCAAGGGCACGCGCUCCGAGGACUCAAUACGCGUACCCGUUACACGGCGGCGCUUUGAUGGCCCGACACCCCACCGGGUGAUACUAUUACCAACAAGGAGGUGAAACGAUUCUCUUAUUCAUAUUUUCAAAAUUCUCACGCAACAAAUGAAAAUAUAAUAUAGACUUUAAUUUAUAAAAAGGUAUCAAUAAAUUGAUAUGGGAUUGUUCUUGUAACGUGAUUUUAGAGAUUAAGAAAAUACUAAAUUCAGUAUAUAUAUACAAAAUGAGCAGUAACGUCCCGAGUAUUUGCGCCCCUUUGAAAUAGACUAGUCCACUCUAAUAUAACGGUAUAAGGGUGUCUGAAAGUUAAAAAUUUGGACAUUUUGCUGAAGAACUAACAUUAGACUUAGUGAUGGAGUAUAACGUGUACCAGGACUACUUUAACCUCGCCAGUCAAAUUGUUAAAAACAUGCAACAGAGCGAUAACCGUUCAAGUCAAGACAUCGGACACGAAUUCAUGAUGAUGGAGGACUCGCCUCGUUAUAGCGAUACGGAACGGGAAAGCCUCUGCAACAUCGAUAUUUCCCUGGACACUUCUGACGACGACAUGAAAUCGGAAGAUUCUGCAUAUACCAGAGCGAGCGCUAGGAGGCGUUGGAAGGAGGAGAGUCCGCUGUGGGUGACAUUUGAAAACGGUGACAUGUUCUACUCAGCGAAUGGGAAGUUCCCCUUCAUGGAUGCUCCGACUUUGACGGAAGAAGAGGGGUUGAAUUCAGAUUGUCCACCGGAGCCAUUGCCAUACCCAAAGGACUGGAGACCCAUCCCCUCGUAUUGCGAGAACUCGCUUGGUUCCUCUCGUCCAAACUCAUUCGAUCCCAUGUUCCAAAACAGAAAGUUUUCUCUUGACGACCUCCAGUACAAAGGCGCAAUUGGAAAUGGACUGGUCAAUCCACGACGACCUGUGUUUCCCUUAGAUGAGAAGGCAUGUGUCUUGUGCAAGAAGAAUGGUGAGACCCGAGAGUUCUACACAACCCACUUGCUGAAGGACAACCGCGGCAAAAUCAUCUGUCCUAUCCUCCGCAAGUAUGUCUGUCCGACCUGUGGUGCCACCGGAGACCAUGCCCACACCCUCCGCCACUGCCCCAUCAACAAGGCCGCAGAAAGUGCCAGGUAUUAUCGCAAGUGAAACAUCAGAACAUCAAAGAUAGACCAUCAUUUGUGAAAUUUGUGACGUUGAACUAUUGUGAAAUUUGUGAAUCGUGGAAUUUUUGAAUGUGACGUUGAACUAUUGUAGUAAAUAUUAUAUGCAAUGAUGCUGCAUCUCCACUGAACACUUGUAUUAAAACGUGAUAAAAAUGCUGCUAGUAAUAUGAAUACAAAUUUCACAAUGGCUAUCACCUAAAAGAAGUCGACAAAAUAUUUGCACCAGACAUUAAUAAUGUUAUAGACUAUAAUUUUUUUUAGCAUUUUGUAAAUCAUUUCGGUCUUGGAACAUUACCUCUUCUAAAGAAUAUUUAUAUGGAAUAUAUUUAUUUGUCCAUGUGCUUUUGUAGUUGAUUCUAAACUACAUGUAUUAUGCUGUUAACAUUUUCAAACACUUUAUUUUUAUGAAUUUCAAGAUAAAUUUGACUGUCUUUUUUCAUGGGAUGGAGUCUAUUGUAAAAGCAAGUUCAUUGUAAUUAAUCUAACAAAACAAAUAUAAUACAAUACAGUAACUUAAUUAUGCACAAAGUGUGAUACAUAACUUAACCAAAAAAUUAGUUGACGGGGUGGAUACAUUAAACAAUGUUGAGUUAAUAAGACUAUUCAUGUUGCAAUGCAUGCAAUAUAAACUUUCUACAUCACAUGAUCAACCAUUUCAUAUAUUUUUUAUAUAUUGAGCAUGUGUUAAAUUACAAAAGUGUUUUGAAAAUUCUUAAUGAUAUUUUAUAUAUGUAAACUUUGAAGUUGCAAAGUGAUUUUUGAAAUUGAUGGCCCUUUUAUUGAUUUUUAAUCUUUAGUUAUCUUUUUAGAUAUGCUUUAACUAUUUUUUGUUGCCAUAUAUUUAUAAUGAACAAGGUAGAGCAACUUGUUAUCAGAAUGCUGACUUUAUUUCAUUUUUAAGAAAUUGUCAUUGUCCAUUUUAUUUUCAUUUUAAGGUUUCGUUCUUGAUAUAUUUUUUGUUCAUAGUAUUGCCAACUUCUCUUUAUUUUGCAUAAUGAAAAAUGUGAAGGAAAGCGUUGUGUUUAUAGAAAAUGUUAUAAUUUUUAGAUGUAUAUUAGCAAGAUUGUGCGACUUGCCAAAGGUAAUCAGAGGUCAAGUUGUUGCACGACUGACCAAAGGUCAAAUGCCAAUAGUUGCUAAAAUGUUCAUGUUGCUGUCACUACCUAUAUUUUUAUCCUGAUGUUAUGUAAGUUAGUUUUCUAAUAAAUAUUUAUUUACUCUC